AAGGGCAAAGGGUUUACCCGUAGUCCAGUGCAGACCUGCUAGUUUCUUUUGGACGUGUAUAUUACACGUUCAUAUAAGAUUUCAGAUACAAUGCUGAAAUUUUUACAUACGAACAUGAAAGCUCACCGGGCAUGCCUCCUCGUCCGACUCCCUGUCCGAGCUCUCAGCAGUGUCUCACCUUGUCUCAUGUCUCGCAUCAAACCUCAGAGCCCAGAAUUGUCGGGUCUUCAGUGCAUUGCACCUUUGGUGCGCAGCGUGGAGGAGAGCCCAGAGCCUGUCCCUACUACCGUCAAAGGGACCAUUCCAGCCUGGGUACGGGGAAGCCUGCUUCGCAAUGGCCCGGGAAAGUUCGAAUUUGGAAACCAAACGUUCAACCACUGGUUCGAUGGGAUGGCCUUGAUGCACCGCUUUCAAAUCGCAGAUGGUCAUGUGACCUACAGUAGCCGCUUCCUGCGCAGUGACUCCUACAACAGCAACUGCGAGUUGAAUCGUAUUGUGGUAACAGAGUUUGGCACUCUGGCACUCCCUGAUCCCUGCAAGAACCUCUUCCAGCGCUUCUUGUCCCGCUUUGAGAGGAUGAAGCCCACAGAUAAUGCUAACGUCAGCUUUGUUAAAUACAAGGGUGACUACUAUGUCAGCACAGAGACAAACUUCAUGCACAAAGUGGACCCGGAGACUCUGGAAACAAAAGAGAAGGUAGACUGGAGUAACUUCGUGGCAGUUAAUGGUGCUACUGCCCACCCCCAUGUUGACCUUGAUGGUACAGUCUACAACAUGGGCAACUCCUAUGACAGGAAAGGCACCUCCUAUAACAUCAUCAGUGUCCCUCCAGAGAAGGAUAGCCCCAGUGAUACGCUCCAUGGGGCCAAGGUGCUGUGCUCCAUCACCCCUGCUGACAAGAACAGGCCCUCCUACUACCACAGCUUUGCGAUGUCCAAGAACUACGUGGUUUUCAUUGAGCAGCCCAUAAAGCUGGAUUUGUUUAAGAUAAUGACGUGUAAGAUGCGGGGGAAAAACAUAUGUGACGGAAUCUACUGGGACCCCAACCAGGAUACCUUAUUCCACCUGGUGGACAAGCACAAUGGCAAGGUGUGUCCAGUAAAAUAUCACACCAGGGCCCUGGCCACCUUCCACCAGAUAAAUGCCUUUGAGCAAGAUGGCUUCCUCAUCGUGGACAUGUGCUGCUCAGAUGAUGGCCAGGCCAUCAACAACUACUUCAUUCAGAACUUGCACAAGUCUGGAGAGGCCCUGGACAAGGUGUACAACAGCAUGGGCAAGGCUUUCCCUCGCCGCUUUGUUCUGCCUCUCAACAUCACAAGCAAGACACCGCUGGGCCAGAACCUCAAUACGCAGUCCAACAGCUCUGCCACCGCAGUCUGCCUCAGCAAACAUAAGGUGUUCUGCACAUUUGAGGAUCUCCACGGCGAUGACCUGCUGGAUUACGGUGGCAUGGAAUUCCCCAACAUCCACUAUGACAGGUGCAACACCAGACCGUACCGCUACUUCUAUGGAUGUGGCUUCCGCCACUUGGUGGGGGACUCGCUAAUCAAGAUGGAUCUGGAGGGCAAGAAGCUCAAGACAUGGUGUAAGCCAGGCUUUUAUCCAUCUGAGCCCAUCUUUGUUCCCUCACUUGAUGCAGAGGAAGAGGAUGAUGGGGUCAUCCUCUCCGUUGUGCUCACACCCACUGAUGAUAAGAGCACAUUCCUCUUGGUUCUGGAUGCUAAGACGUUUGAGGAGCUAGGAAGAGCUGAAGUGCCAGUCAACAUUCCAUAUGGGUUCCAUGGAACCUUCAACUCCUCUUCAUAGAACUUAAUACUCGUAUUUUGACCACUAUGUGAAGCCUAUCACUACAGUGAGCCAUGCUGCCUUAACAGUGGCCUAAUUUUGGACCUUGGCUUAUUUAUAAUACAAAGUUAAGGAUAUUCUUCUGGAGCCAGGAAUAAGGGACUGUCUUUACAUGAGUGGAUUAGGAUUAAGAUGAAGGAUUGAGUGUUAUUUAGAGUUUCCAUACAUAAGUAAUUAGAUAAAGAUGGAAGAAAACAGAUUCAUUGUUUCAAUAACUGGAGUUUUACAUUGUGUUAUUUUAUGUUGUGCAAUGUUAUGAUUUUAUCAAAUACCGCUUAAGUGCAGGAAUAAUCAAAAAGUGUUCAUCUACAUUAGUUUACAGCAAACUGUGUAAAUAUUUAAUGUAGCAUACAUGAUGUAGCAUUUAAUGUAGCAUACAUGAUAUCUAAAAUAUCUUUAUUAUAUGGAGUUAUACUCAAAACUUAA